AUGGCAAAACUCACUGAUGAUGCUGACUACGAUGCCGGCGAAGAGUUUGAUAAUGUACCAAGUCCACUGUCUGAUGCUGGGAAUCAUGACAACUACUAUGGCAGACGGCUUUGGACUAGGUGCGUUCUACUAAGUCCCCUUGACAACAAGACCAAGUUGCGACAAUGA